UUGUUAUGGACGGGGUCACGUGACGGUUUGCUUCGUCCGGACCGGACGUGACGUGUGUUGUGUGCGUGUUGCCAUGUAGACCGAGGACCUGUUUGUUGACAGUCGGACUCGUCACGUGCUUCAGGUUUUAUCACGGUUUACAGGUUCAGUUGUUAAAUCCUCGUUUCACACUGAAACCUGAUAUUUAUCCUGGAGGACUUUAUUUCAGUGACACAUUGAACAUAAUGCCGAGGAAAGUAAAGAGAGGAGGAGGAGGAGGAGGAGGAGGAGGUAAAGGAGGAAGGACGGAGGAGGAGAAGCUUGUGUAUCAGCAGCAGAGAGCUCAGGCUGAGGAGGAGACCACUAAGAAGAAAGAGGAGAUACUCGCUCUGUUCCUCGAGGACAAGUUGCAGAAGGAGGAGAGGAACCGGGCGGUGAACCUCCUGAAGCUCCACGACGGCUGGAGGUCGAUUCUCCGACAGGUUCGAGCCUCCGAGCUCCGGAAAGACAUCGACGUCCUCAGUCAGACGUUUGACAGACAGCUGGACGCCGUGGAUGAUGUCAUCAAGAGGCUGGAGCGAGACCUGCAGGAGGCGGAGCAUCAGUCACUCCAGGUGCAGCAGCUCCACCUGCAGCACGUAGAGCAACUCCGGGCGCACCAGGACAAACAGCUGGUGCUUCUGCAGCGGCAGUGGGAGGAAGGACUGCAGCACCUGAACUGCACGUUCACCUCCGACAGGACUCAGAUGCAGCAGCACUCUCUGCAGCAGCGAGCUGAUCUGGAAGAUGCAAAGUUCUCUGUGGAGCAGCAGCAUGAAGCAGUGAUGAGCGACGUCCUGGGACUGUACAGUGAGAGCAUCGCAGCGUACGAGAGCGCUCACGAGGAGCGGAGGGCGGCUCUGCUCCUGGAGGGUUCGAUGCUGCUGAAGGAGAAGACUCGACAGAAGCAGGAGACUCUGCAGCUCCACCACAAGGAGGCAGCAGAGCUGGAGGAGCUGCUCCUGAAGAACCAGCAGCUGAUGGAGACGAGUGACCGAAGCAUGAGGAGGCUCAGGAAGCUGCAGGACUCCAUGUUCCAGCUGAGGAUGAAGCUGAAGUCCAGUCAGACAGAGAAGGAGUCUGUGGAACGAGAUCUGACGGCCGCCACCAACCAGGUGAACCAAAGGACUCGCAAGCUUCGUGACCAGCUGACCCGGGGUCAGUCAGCGGCGAGGAAACAUCUGGCUGACCUCAGCCUGCAGAGCAACGCCGCCGCCAAGAAACUGCAGGAGGUCAUCUCCAAGGGCGACCGAGUUUUACGAGUCGCUGAAAUGUGCCGGAAGCUGGAGGAGGAGUUCCUGUCUCCAGAGGAGGAUCGUCCCACGUGUGAGGAGGAGGCAGCUGAGGACACGUGUGAGUUUGCAGCCUUGAGGCGUUUGACGCGGAUCACCAGCGCCGCUCUGCUGCACCGGGAGCUUCUGAAGAACCGGAGAGACGACCUGAGCCGGGAGAACCGGCAGCUCAAGGUUCUGCUGCGUCAGCACCUGGAGGCCAUGACGCUCAGCGACCUCGGAGAACGCCACGCUCUGCUCAGCGUGACCCAGGCCCCGACCACCACGGGCCAAUCAGACGCCAGCAGACACCACACCGUCAUCGAGGCCGCGCACGCCGGUUCUAGCUCCGGACCCGAGUCGUCCUCCGUCCACACUGAAGACACCGGGGACGUAAACAGGAAGUGGAUCGUCCACUCUGCCACUGGCUGCUCAGAUGUUCCUCAGGUGUUCCUCAGACGUUCCUCAGACGUUCCUCAGGUCGCUCCUUCAGGUUCGAGGUGUGAAGGUGAAGCAGCUUCAAACCUGGGCUGCGUCCACAAAGAGAAACAUCUCCCACGACUUCUCCUGACGUUUUCCUCCUGGAUGAUGUUUGGUGACUUUGUGAAUCUGUUCACAGUGAUGUCACGGGGUUCCAAAGCUGUGGGGGAGUCCCUCUUCAGGAAAGAAGCCGACUCACUGGUCGUUAACUGGGAGUUAACUGGGAGUCCGGUGGAUCCUUUCAACAACAAGACCAACAACAGACAGAACCACAGACACAGAAACGAGAUCUGA